AUGGCGAUAAAGGUUGAUAUAAGUAAGGCAUAUGAUAGGGUGGAAUGGAGUUUUGUGUGGUUUAUUAUGAAGAAGUUGGGAUUUUGCUCAAAGUGGAUUGAAUGGAUGAAGGCUUGUGCCUCUACUAUAUCUUAUUCUGUUAUUGUGGAUGGUACACCAACUGAUUUUUUCAAAUCAAGUAGGGGUCUCAGACAAAGAGACCCCCUCUCACCAUAUCUAUUUCUUUUCUGCGCAGAGGGUCUAUCCUAUCUGCUCCACAAAGGAGAAGAGAAUAACCUCUUUCAAGGACUGCGAUUGAACAGUAGAUGUCCGACUAUUCAUCAUCUCCUAUUUGCCGACGAUUCACUCUUAUUUUGUAAAGCAACCAAAUAUAACUAUUCUAAUCUAUCCCAAAUUCUCCAACUACAUGGCAGACUAAGUGGACAACAAAUUAAUUUCUCCAAGUCUGCUGUGUUUUUCAGCAAAAACACCCCUUUACCCAUCAGAACUGAACUAGCGGCAUCUUUGGAAGUCCCAAAUAUUGGGACGCAGGAUAAAUAUUUGGGGCUACCCUUUAUAGUACACAGAUCCAAAAAAGAAACAUUUGCUUUUAUAAAAGAGAAGGUGGCGAAGAAGCUCUCGCAUUGGAAUAAAUCAUUUCUAUCUGCUAGUGGAAGGGAGGUGUUGAUCAAAGCAGUGGGUUCAGCUAUACCAAUUUAUACGCUGGACUGUUUCAAAUUCUCAUAUACCCUCUUGGAUGAACUCCACCGAAUGAUGAUACAAUUUUGGUGGGGACAGAAACAAAAUGAAAAGAAGAUGCAAUGGAUCAGUUGGGACACCAUGACCAGAGAAAAGAAUUUCGGGGGUAUGGAGUUUAAGAACCUAAAGGCAUUCAACCUAGCCAUGUUAGCUAAAUAA